AUGAGGCUGCUGUUGUUCGUCAGCGCCCUCCUUGGGGCUGCCUGGUGCAUGGAAACAUUUUCUGGAGACCAGGUUCUUCGAAUUAGGGCAAGCAGUGAUGACCAGAUUGACAAGUUACAGCUGCUAGAAACACUGGAACAUCUUCAGCUUGAUUUCUGGCUGCACCCCUCGAACCCAGCACUUCCUGUGGAUAUCCGAGUCCCCUUUGGCAGCCUCCAAGCAGUCAGAGCCUUCCUGGGGUACCACGAUAUCAAGUACUCUAUUCUGAUUGAAGAUGUGCAGGUUAUACUAAAUGAAGAAAAGCAAGAGAUGAUCUCCAACCAACGAAGGGAACGUAGUAACAGUAAUUUCAACUAUGGAGCUUAUCAUUCCUUAGAAUCCAUUUACAAAGCAAUGGAUGAUCUUGCAGCUGAGUACCACGGUCUUGUGAGCAAACUCCAGAUUGGAGAGUCUUAUGAAAAGCGGCCCUUGUAUGUGCUCAAGUUCAGCACUGGAGGACCAGACCGUCCCGCUAUUUGGCUUGAUGCUGGUAUCCAUGCCCGAGAGUGGGUCACCCAGGCCACAGCACUGUGGACAGCUCAAAAGAUUGCAUCUGAGCAUGGGACUGAUCCAUCUAUCACCUCUCUGCUAGACACAAUGGAUAUUUUCCUGUUGGUUGUCACAAACCCUGAUGGAUAUGUUUACUCUCAUACCAAGAACCGUAUGUGGCGGAAGACACGCUCCAAGGCUGCUGGGAGUUUUUGCGUUGGAGUUGAUCCAAACAGGAAUUGGGAUGCAGGCUUUGGAGGUCCGGGAUCCAGUGAUCAACACUGUUCUGACUCCUACCAUGGACCCCAUGCCAACUCUGAAGUGGAAGUAAAAUCUAUUGUAGAUUUUAUCAAGAACCAUGGAAACAUCAAAGCCUUCCUCACCAUCCACAGUUAUUCCCAGCUCCUGAUGUAUCCCUAUGGGUAUAAGUGCACCGAACCAGCUGAUUACGGAGAGCUGGAUACCGUGGGGAAAGCUGCUGCCAAUGCUCUGACUUCCCUGCAUGGCACCAGCUUUAAAGUGGGGACCAUAUGCUCAACUAUCUAUCAAGCCAGUGGAGGCAGCAUUGAUUGGAGCUACGAUUUUGGCAUCAAGUACUCUUUUGCCUUUGAGUUGCGAGACACAGGUCGUUAUGGUUUCCUUCUGCCAGCUGAUCAAAUCAUCCCAACUGCAGAAGAGACCUGGCUGGGUCUGAAGUCUAUCAUGGAACAUGUGAGAGACCAUCCAUAUUAGAAGAAGGGAAGGGAACCCAAAAAUCUUAGUCCUUUGAUAUGUUAGAGAAAUCUGUACGGAUAUAGCAUUGUAGUCAAAAUGGUAUUAAACCCUUUGUACAUUCAAACUACUGCGUCGGUACAUAAAGAUCUCUA